GAUUCAUUUUUAGGUUAUGGCUAUCUGUCAUCCGAUAAUAAAAGGCAAUUUCAAUUUGCGUCCUGAUUUUGUUUGAAUUAUUAUAUUUUCUUUUUCUGGUAAAUAUCCUAAUAAUUUCGAAGAAUGGGUCGCAGGUCAAUAAAUACCACUAAAAGUGGUAAAUAUAUGAAUCCAACAGACCAAGCAAGAAAAGAAGCUCGAAAACAAGAAUUGAAAAAGAAUAAAAAGCAACGGCAGAUGGUGCGAGCCGCUGUGCUCAAAGGAAAAGAUCCACAUCAAAUUCUAGAAGAACUCGAGAAAAUAGACCAAAUGGAAUAUAAUGUAAAUCAGCCAUCUCCAUUGAACGAAAAAGUCCUGAAGGACAAGCGUAAAAAACUGCGUGAAACAUUAGACAGAGUUUUGUCUAUGUAUUAUAAAGAUGAUUCAGAAAAGUGGGCUGAACUCAAAAGAAAACAAACAGAAUAUGAACAUAAAAGAAAUCAAUUAGUUGUGUUUUAUGAAUCGGUGAAAAGUGCACAACAAGUACAAGUUGAUGAAAUUCCGUUACCACAACUUCCACAGCAACAACCUCAGAAUACCACAGCUUCAAUACCGUUGCCUGCAGAGAAAAAACAAGAACAUACUAUAUAUUCUAUUGCUACAGCCAUGAAGCUUCAAGCUCUAGGUAAACCAAUCAGGGAGCCACCAGGUUGCCCACCUGGACCCCCUCCGGUAGUGAAUGAAGAUGGAGAAAUAAUGGAUUAUGAUGAUUUGACAAAGGGAGAUGAAGAAGAAGAGGCCACAAACGAAAGUAACGAAUCUGAUUCAAAUACAAGCAAGCCUACCUCUUUACAACAGAAAAUGGUUGCUUUAUCCGGUCAAAAUAUUGAUGAGUUCAUGAAAGAAAUGGAAUCAGUCCAAAAAAGGGGAGAAAUUGGAAAAGACUUACAAAACAGUAGAAAAAUAGUUGCUCAUGUGGAACCUUUGCUUCCACCUGGCACAGACCCACCUGUUGUGGUUCCUGCUCCCCCCAACCCACCAGCAAUGCCAGUUAUGUUCCCAAGCGGACUCAGAUUGCCUCCUGGACCACCUCCCGGUAGACCACUUCUCCCUCCUGGCUUACCACCUCCAAGAAUACCCAUACGUCUGCCUCCUGCACCACCAAGGCUCAUCAGAAUACCAGGACCACCACCAGCCCUUUCUGCAUCAUCUAAUCUGUCAUUAGCCACUCCCAAUGUUCUUUCUGCUGGUCCACAGCUAAUAAGUAGAUCGGAGUCUGGCAGUCAUAAGCAAGGGGCAACUAUAUCAGCCAAACCACAAAUAAGAAACUUGAGUGCCGAUGUUACUAGAUUCGUUCCUUCAGCAUUGAGGGUCAAGAGGGAAGACAAAAAAUCGAAAUCAAAUACAAGAGUGUUGGUGCAAGAAUUGAAACAGAAAGAAAUGCAUUUUCAUCAACAAGCAAUGGCCAAACAGCAUACUAAGGAUGAUGCUUACAAACAAUUCAUGCAAGAAAUGCAGAAUCUUAUGUGAAAAGUUGUUCUGGACUGUAAAUACUAUAUGUAUAUAUCUUUAUUUAAUUUGAAAUGUAAUUGCUGUCAUUCGUAAUAAAUUUUUAUUUUAUGAUUUGCAA